CCCUAAAUAGUGUUAAAUUCCCCUAAAUCGCUAAAGAUUCCUCUGAAACACCAAAACAAAGUUUAUUUUAGUUGAUUUAUCACUUAAAAAUGUCUAAAAUUGAUUCGAUUCCGACGUUAACGACCGAAACGGCGAUUGAAAUACUUCAAAAGACGAUAAACGAGCUGCAAUCGUCGGAAAAUACGAAAAAAUUGGAAGAAGCCCGGGGAAACGUCGGUAAUGAAAUGUUAAAAAUGAUGCAGUUUUUGUUUCCGAUUGUGAUGCAAGUACAAAUGGAUGUUUUAAAAGAUUUCGGGUUUCCCGAGGGACGUGAAGGUAUUGUUAAGUUUGCACAAAUGUUACGAAGCUUGGAGAGAGAAGAAGCUGAAGUUGCCCGAUUACACGGUGUGAUUAAAGCUUAUUAUUUACCUACGGUUAGUGUUAGCGCUUCGAACGAGAGUCCUGUUGAUGAAUAAAAUGUUGUUUUUAAGUAUUAACAUUAAAUUUAUUUUAAAAAAAUGA